AACAGCUCGUCAACCACCUCGGUAUCUUGCUAGCCAACAUAGCCGAAAGAUUCAAGCUAUUUAUACGCUUUCGGUCUAUAUUGGCUUCUGUGUUUUAGAAGUACUUCUGUCGUAUCUACUUGUUAACCUAUUUAAUAUUACGUUAUUUUGUAUUAGUCAGCUAUAGUAGCUGGCUGGUUAAGUUAGCAUUAGCCUAGUAGCUAAUGAUACAUAACUAACAUCCCCGAACAUGAGCUCCCUAAACAUCUCCCCUCCUGUUAAAGAAGAGGAGAUCUGCUGGACGGAGAAAGAAACUCUGGGGCUGAACAUUGUCGUGAAAGAGGAGAGGGAAGAGGAGGAUGUCACAGUAAAAAAAGAAGUAGAGGGUGAGGCUGUUACUGUGAAAGAUGAAGAGAAAGACGUUACAGUAAAAGAAGAGGAAGACUCGUUCAGAGUGAAAGAGGAGGAGGAUGUUCCAGUAAAAGAAGAGGAAGAGAAAGAGGAGGGUGUAGUGUUUGGAGUGAAGAAGGAAGGAAAGGAGGAGACGGAAGGAGAGAGAUGUGAACUUCGUGGAUCCUCUGGGGAGCCUCAACAACAUCAUGAAGCUGACGAGGCAGAGAAGAGUCUCUCCACAUCAGAACACCACAAGAAACAACAUCAGAGACCCACAGGAAAGAAACCUCACUGCUGCUCUGACUGUGGGAAACGUUUCAAAUCUUCAUCAGAAUUGAAAAAACACCAGCGAUUACACACAGGAGAGAAGCCUUAUAGCUGUAAUCAAUGUGGGAAGAGUUUUACUCAGUCAAGCCACCUGGUAUCACACAAGAGAACACACACAGGAGAGAAGCCUUAUAGCUGUGAUCAGUGUGGCAAGAGUUUUACUCAGUCAAGUAGCCUGGUAUCACACCAAAGAACACACACAGGAGAACAGCCAUAUAGCUGUGAUCAGUGUGGCAAGGGUUUUACUCUGUCAACCAACCUGGUAUCACACCAGAGAACACACACAGGACAUCAGCCAUAUAGCUGUGAUGUAUGUGCAGACAGUUUUACUACAUCAAGCCAGCUGGUAGUACACCAGCGAGUACACACAGGAGAGAAACCUUAUAGCUGUAAUCAGUGUGGGAAGAGUUUUACUCAGUCAAACAGCCUGAAAUCACACCAGAGAACACACACGGGAGAGAAACCUUAUAGCUGUGAUCAAUGUGACAAGAGAUACUCUCAUUCAAGUAGUCUGAUUAAACAUCAGAAAAUACAUGCUGGAGAUCCACGGAGUGUGGAAUGAUCAACACCAGACCUGGGUAGCAGAACACAGAGUGGGGAAUGAUCUCCAACACAAGACCUAUAUACAGUUGAAGUCAUAAGUUUACAUACACCUUAGCCAAACACAUUUAAACUGAGUUUUUCACAAUUUCUGACAUUUAAUCCUAAUAGAAAUUCCCUGUCUUAUGUCAGUUAGGAUCACCACUUUAUUUUAAUGUGAAGUGUCAGAAUAAUAGUAGAGAGAAUUAUUUAGUUCAGCUUUUAUUUAUUUCGUCACAUACCCAGUGUGUCAGCAGUUCACAUACACUCAAUUAGUAUUUGGUAGCAUUGCCUUUAAAUUGUUUAUCUUGGGUCAAACGUUUCGGGUAGCCUUCCACGAGCUUCCCACAAUAAGUUUUGUCCCAUUCCUCCUGACAGAGCUGGUGUAACUGUGUCAGGUUCAUAGGCCUCCAUGCUCACACACACACUUUAUUUUUUAUAUUUUUUAUUUCACCUUUAUUUAACCAGGUAGGCUAGUUGAGAACAAGUUCUCAUUUGCAACUGCGACCUGGCCAAGAUAAAGCAAUUCGACACAUACAACAAGUUACACAUGAAAUAAACAAAACAUACAGUUAAUAAUACAGUAGAAAAAAGAAAGCAAGUCUAUAUACAGUGAGUGCAAAUUAGGUAAGAUAAGGAAGUUAAGGCAAUAAAUAGGCCAUGAUGGCAAAAUAAUUACACUUUAGCAGUUAAACACUGGAAUGGUAGAUGUAUUGUUACACCAUGUAUUUUUUUUUUUUUUUUAACCUUUAUUUAACCAGGAAAGUCAGUUAAGAACACAUUCUUAUUUUCAAUGACGGCCUGGGAACAGUGGGUUAACUGCCUGUUCAGGGGCAGAACGACAGAUUUGUACCUUGUCAGCUCGGGGGUUUGAACUCGCAACCUUCCGGUUACUA